AUGACCAGGAACAGCAGAGAGCAGGACCAGGAACAGCAGAGAGCAGGACCAAGAACAGCAGAGAGGACCAGGAACAGCAGAGAGCAGGACCAAGAACAGCAGAGAGCAGGACCAAGAACAGCAGAGAGCAGGACCAAGAACAGCAGAGAGCAGGACCAGGAACAGCAGAGCAGGACCAAGAACAGCAGUGUAGCAGCAGAGAGCAUGACCAGGAACAGCAGAGAGCAGGACCAAGAACAGCAGUGUAACAGCAGAGAGCAGGACCAGGAACAGCAGUGUAGCAGCAGAGAGCAGGACCAAGAACAGCAGAGAGCAGGACCAAGAACAGCAGCAGAGAGCAGGACCAGGAACAGCAGAGAGCAGGACCAAGAACAGCAGAGAGCAGGACCAGGAACAGCAAGAGAGCAGGACCAAGAACAGCAGUGUAGCAGCAGAGAGCAUGACCAGGAACAGCAGAGAGGGACCAAGAACAGCAGUGUAACAGCAGAGAGCAGGACCAGGAACAGCAGUGUAGCAGCAGAGAGCAGGACCAAGAACAGCAGAGAGCAGGACCAACAGCAGUGUAACAGCAGAGAGCAGGACCAGGAACAGCAGAGCAGGACCAGGAACAGCAGUGUAGCAGCAGAGAGCAUGACCAGAACAGCAGAGAGCAGGACCAAGAACAGCAGUGUAACAGCAGAGAGCAGGACCAGGAACAGCAGAGAGCAGACCAGGAACAGCAGUGUAGCAGAGAGCAUGACCAGGAACAGCAGAGAGCAGGACCAAGAACAGCAGAGAGCAGGACCAGAACAGCAGAGAGCAGGACCAAGAACAGCAGUGUAG